CGCGCUUUUCGCGCCAGCUCCGCGCUCGCCAGACACGUGCGACUGCGAAGGCCGAGCGCAACUGCGUAGCGUCGCCCCGAAGCAAGCACCCUGCGCCAGGACCGCAUGGACGACGUACAGAAGCGAGCGCCGUCGGCCCGUUCGGACACCUCGUCCAGGACGUCUCAGCAGCCGGAGCGGCCCCCGCUGAGCGAUGAGCAGAUCAGCGAGUUCCGCGAGGCUUUCACGCUGUACGACAAGGACGGGAGCGGCUGCAUAAGGGCGUCCGACCUGGGCACCGUCAUGCGGUCCCUGGGCUAUCACCCGACCGAGGCGCAGGUCGCGGAACUAGUGGGCUCCGAAUCGCGGGAGAACAUCGACUUUCCCGAGUUCCUGACCAUCAUGGGGAAGGAGGAGUUCCGGCUGGACGACGUCGACGAGGAGAUCCGCGAGGCGUUCAAGGUGUUCGACCGCAACGGAGACGGCUACGUGAGUGCCGCCGAGCUGCGUCACGUGAUGACCACCAUGGGCGAGAAGCUGUCGCACGAGGAAGUGGACGAGAUGAUACGCGAGGCGGACCAGGACGGCGACGGGCGCAUCAACUACGACGAGUUCGUGAGCAUGGUGACCUCCAAGUGAAUAACCGGGCCGAGGGACUCAAUAAACCGUUCUUGUUUCGUGCC